CUAACCCCGUUUGAUAAUUAAAGAGUCGUAAACUCAACGUCUCUCUUAGUCUUCUCCUCCUCUCUCUCUCCCUCCCUCUUAAAGAAAAAUGGACAAUGUGGCGCUAUACUGCACCGCCGCCCUCGUCGCCGGCGGCAUCUACUGGUUCAUAUGCAUCCUAGGUCCAGCAGAGAGAAAGGGAAAACGAGCCUCGGAUCUCUCCGGAGGCUCAAUCUCCGCCGAGAACGUCAAAGACAACUACAACCAAUACUGGUCGUUCUUCCGCAAACCAAAGGAGAUCGAAAGCUCCGAGAAAGUCCCUGACUUCGUGGACACGUUCUACAACCUCGUCACCGACAUCUACGAGUGGGGAUGGGGACAGUCUUUCCACUUCUCCCCUUCCAUCCCGGGAAAAUCCGACAAGGAAGCCACGAGGAUCCACGAAGAGAUGGCCGUUGACCUCAUCAAAGUCAAACCGGGACAGAAGAUCCUCGACGCUGGAUGUGGCGUCGGUGGGCCCAUGAGAGCCAUCGCGGCUCACUCGAAGGCCCAUGUUGUCGGGAUCACCAUCAACGACUACCAAGUCAAACGAGCGAAAGAACACAACAAGAAAGCUGGUUUGGACUCUCUAUGCGACGUCGUUUGCGGUAACUUUUUAGAGAUGCCGUUCGGUGAGAACACGUUCGAUGGUGCUUACUCUAUAGAAGCGACGUGUCACGCUCCCAAGCUAGAAGAAGUGUACGCGGAGAUCUUUAGGGUGAUGAAACCAGGUUCUUUAUACGUUUCGUACGAGUGGGUCACCACGGAUAAGUACAAUGACGAUGAUCAAGAACACAAGGAGGUUAUUCAAGGGAUCGAGAGAGGAGAUGCACUUCCCGGUUUGAGAAGCUACGCUGAUAUCGCUGCGACGGCUAAGAAAGUAGGGUUUGAGAUUGUGGACGAGAGAGAUUUGGCUAUGCCUCCGGCGAAACCGUGGUGGAGCAGGCUUAAGAUGGGUCGUGUUGCGUAUUGGAGAAACCAUGUUGUGGUUGUGGUUCUGUCUGCUAUUGGGGUUGCACCUAAAGGAACCGUUGAUGUUCAUGAGAUGUUGUUUAAGACUGCUGAUUAUUUGACUAGAGGUGGUGAGACUGGAAUCUUCUCGCCCAUGCAUAUGAUCCUCUGUAGAAAACCAGAGAAAGCUUCUGAAUGAUGAGAGAAUCUUUUCUUCUUGUUCUUGUUCUUGUUUUUUUUUUUUUGGAAUUCGAAAUUUCAUGUUUAACAAUUGAAGAAUCUUUUUUUAGUAUCCUACUUGUAUCACUUUGAUGUUCGUGUACCCUUAUAUUUUUUUUAAUUUGAUUUGUUUUAACUUUUUAA